GAACUUGCUGGCCAGUUGCUCCCCCUCCCCCACUGGGCGCUUUCAGGAAGGGUGGGAUCCCUGUCCAUGCUGGGCAAGCGAGGGGAACGCCAGGCUCUCCCCUUACCCCCACUCCCCCCCAAAAAACCCCAGUGUGUUCAAGCAGGGCAUUGACCUCUGGUGGAAGCUGCUCAACUCGGAAGAGGCACACAAAGCGGCGAAAAGGGAGAGGCUCUAUUUUCAGGGUGGCCUCUUUCUUUGUGCAUUUAAUUUCAAUUUUCUGCAGAAUUUUCUCUUUUGCAAAAAAGCUUCUGGAGAAAACUUUUUAGAAUGGAAAUCUAGUGUUGCAGGUUUACUCUCCCCCCCUCUCUUAUUGCAUGUUUAACAAGAGAGUUGCUCACCCAUUUCUGAAAUGGUUGACUAGAGGCUGAGGGCAGGGAAGGGCAUUUUGACAGUCAAAAAGUAGUCUACCUUCACGGUCAAAUAAUCUUGAGUUAGAUGUCUGCACCGCCCAGUUGACUGCAGCCUGUAAGGCUGGGGAGGUGGGGAGGCAGUGGCCAAAUGGGUGAGGCUGCGUGUUAAGAGUUGGUGAACUGCUCCUGUACUUCUAAGCCUUUGGGCUUAGGAAAGGGCUGUGGAGAUAAAAGGCCCCAAUAAUAAUAAUGCAAACUUCAAAGUGCCUUUGGGUAUAAACCUAUAUCCCCUUGCCCAGUUUGCUCAGGACCAGACUCAAUUUAUCAGCAUUGCAAAACUCAAGUGUGUGGUUGCUCCAAGGAGUUUACAAUUAAACGGAGAAAGGGGAGGGAAAUGGAGUUGGGGCCAGCAGGGAGCUGUGUACGGUUAUUUCAUAUUUCAGUUCUGUGUACGUAAGCCUAGUUACUGUGGGGUAUGGAGAUGGAGGAGUUCUGCCAAGAGCUUCAUGCAAAAGGUGCAUCUUGAGGGGGAAUGAGGGAAGAAAGAGGGGAAGCAAUGGGGAAACAUUCUGUGAGGGAGCUUGUGGCAUCAGGGGUAUCCAAAGGAAAAGUAGACCUUCAGGCGGCUUGGAGUGGUGAGGCUGGACUCCUGAAUGUCUUUGGUGAGGAUGUAGCAAGAAGAGGGGUGGGAGAGAGAGAAAAUGGGGACCACAGAGGGCUUGGGAGUAGCAUGUUUGUAGUAGCAAGAAUCCACCCUUCAGCUUUGGCAGAGAGAGUGCAUAAGAAAGUGGGGAUCCCUGGCUCCAGGUUGUUGUGUUCCACACUAGGAGACCUCAAGAUGAGAAUUGUUGCGUGCAGCUAUUUAUAUGCAAUUUGCAGCUUUCAUUCCCUGCCUACCAAGAGCUGAGCGUUCUCUUGCUUUUCUUUCUCCCUUCCCCCCAUGCUUUGCCUGCAGCAGUGUGGUGCAUAAAUGCUGCUGCUUUUGAAUAGGCCUCUGCUAAGAAUGAAAAUUCCACUAUUGAGCCCCAAAAAAGGGGACUGGCUGAGCAGGGUGCUAAUGGCAGGGUAGUGUUGCAAGAAGGAGCUGCCUGCUGAUGCUUGGUAGCUAUGGGUUUUCUGGGAAAUUUUUAUUAGAAUUUUUUCUGAUGCCCAUGUGUGAUCUAAUUUAGCAUGUUUGUUUUACUUGUGUUUACUAAACAAAUCUAAACAUGUUGAAACAUCCAAGCUUACCUAAUACUGUAUUUGCGUUUGGCACCUGUUUAUUGUUACGUACCCAGUACAUUUCCAAGCACAAUUAAAAGUGUUGGUGCUGACCUUUAAAGCCCUAAAUAGCCUUGGCCCAGUAUACCUGAAGGAGUAUACUCCUUCAGUCUGGACACUGAGGUCCAGCGCUGAGGGCCUUCUGGCAGUUCCCUCCCUGUGAGAAGUGAGGUUUCAGGGAACCAGACAGAGGUCCUUCUUGUCCGCCUUGUGGAAUGGCCUCCCAUCAGUUGUCAAGGAAAGAAACAACUAUCUGACUUUUAGAAGACAUCUCAGUCCCUGUAUCGGGACAUUUUUAAUGUCUGAUGCUUUACCAUUUUUUAUGUGCUGUAAGCUGCCCAGAGUGGUUGGGGAGAUGGCUGGUGGCUCCUGCAGAUGAGCUUUGUGAUCGAGCUGGGAUAUAAGGGUUCAGGCACUCCCUGAAAUACCCAGGACCUAAGUUGUUAAUAGCUUUGCAAAUCAAUACAAGAACCUUCAACCUGGCCUUGUAGUAGAUGGGCAGACAGUGCAGAUGCUUUAAUGACCACAUGUUCUCGACCUAGUGUCCACAUCAGCAGUUUGGCCUCAGAGAACACCAGCUGGAGUUUCCAAACCAGACCCUAGGGCAGCCCCUCAUGGAGCACAUUGCUGUAAUCUAGCCUCGCGGUUACCUGUGCAUGGACUCCAAUGACUAGUGUUCUUGUAUUGGAUAGCAGGAAUGUGCUCAGAAGUUAGAGCCGAUCAACUUCUACCUUGAACUGUCCUGAGAAUUUUUCACGCUGCUGCCACUUUGGGGUGGCAUAAAAGUCACUUCACAAAGUCACUACACUGUGGAAGAACAGUCUUGUGCUGGGAGUGGAACAGCUAGUGAACUCCUCAGGCUACAAGUGGAAGCCAGGUGCAAGAUGCUCUCUGAGGGUUGUCUGGUGCCUACAUCCAGGGAUGUAGGGCAGAAGGUUUUCUGUGGGAGAAUUUCCAUUUCAUAAAAUAAUUAGCAAUGAUGGAAUGCCAAAUGGCAAGCCUAACAGUUUUAAAAAUGACAUUUGGCAUUCCAUCAUUUGUAGCCUCUUUAAAAAAAAAGAAUUACAAGGAGAAUAAGCAUGCUGAAUUAAAUAACUAUCGGGCAGUGGUUCCCAAUUAGCUAAGUACUGUAGACCCCCUGUUUUUGAAAAGCCAAGCCAUUGACCCCCUACUUAUGAAAAUGUUGAUACCUCUAUUGUGGUAUUUGUUAUGUGAAUGGUGUCAUGGACCCCCCUGGGUGGGUUACACAGACCCUCUGGGGACCACCAACUGGGAAUCACUGGUAUAGGGCAUGGAAAAUUACCCUAUGCAGAUUUACCCCAGAAAUCUUUCCAUCAAUUUUUCCAUUUCAGAUUUUUUUUGAAAACCUAUUGUUGCCUUAGGCUUUACUGUGGAAACCUGACCGACAUCAACCCAGUAACUGAAGCUUCCCCUUUCACUGGGCUGCCAACAGGAUUUUGGGGGGGCCCACGUACUGUAUGUGGAUUGGGCCCUCUGCUGUACUCACUAAAGAAGACUUUAUGUCAUGUGCAAUUUUGUACCCUUGUUUGCAGGUGGGGUGGAGUGCCCCAAAAUAAAUCUGGAGUCACACAACUCUACAGAAUGUCAGCCAGUGUAUAAUUGUUUCAUACUAGAAAAAGCUUGCCCUGUUUAAUUUCUGCCUGCCACAUAUCUGUUAAAGGCACAGAGCCCUUUUGUCCUCAUGUGCCACCUCUAAACCAUUCAAAGAACUCAAGUUUCAUGGGUUGUAAACAUUAUACAGUAUGUCAUCAGCCGAACUUAGGGUGGCAAUACUACAUUCAGGGCAAGACCAAGAAUGGCAUUUCAGAUGGAGGGGCGUCAAAAGUGAAUUGAGAUCUACUACAGUUUUUUCAGAUGCUUGUGCCUGAAUCAAUUCAAAGUGUAAAUGGUAAAAAAGCAAGCACUGUGUUCAUUUCUUAUGGCUAUUUAUUAAUAUAUAACAAUUGUGGCGUUUCUUUCUUUCUUGUGAAGAUGGCAGCAUUUCUGGAUCUAGAACAGGCAUCCCCAAACUUUGGCCCUCCAGAUGUUUUGGACUACAAUUCCCAUCUUCCCCGACCACUAGUCCUGUUAGCUAGGGAUCAUGGGAGUUGUAGGCCAAAACAUCUGGAGGGCCGCAGUUUGGGGAUGCCUGAUCUAGAACAUCUUGAAUUUCAUUUAUGUUUACAUAGUAGACACAGGAAUUUACACGUUGAUGCUGUAGAUUCUUGCAUAAAAGUCUUUGGGCAACAUGUUUUUUUUCAAUGAGUAAAACCUUGUUUACCAGGCAAAAAUGUUCCUCUUUAACCAGGCCUUUGGCUAAUUGACAUCCAAUGUCCUUUUUGUUUUUAUCUUGAUUUUGUGUUUUGUGUUUUUAUUUUGUGAUUUUAUCUUGUGAACCACCCUGAGACCUGCGGGUAUAGGACAGUAUACUACUACUACUACUACUAAUAAUAAUAAUAAUAAUAGCAUUUCACUCAUCCCAGAAGAGGGUUUUUGCAUCUCUAAGUGUAGAGUCUGUAGACUGUAUGCUUUGUGUGUGGAAGGUCUCAUAAUCAGUCUCCAUAGAACUGUGAAAGAUCCCACCUGAACCCUGGAAAGCCACUGCUAGUUCUUGUAGACAAGGCAGCACUGAUCCAGGUGGGCCCGUGUUCCUCCUUGCUCUAAAGCAGUUCCCAAAGGUGUUGUGAGCAGGUUAAUUUCAGGGGGCCGCAAAUGUUUCUAAAACAUUAUGGUUGCAUGCCCAGUAGGGGUUUCCUUUGUAUCUCUGCAGAUGGUCUUAGAAUCCUUUUCACACAAUGCCUGUGUGCUGACGCUGUUGUUGUAACUCAGCCCAGCCGUACAAAUACACAGUGUUCCAACUUCUUUUUAAAAAGCUGCACCACAGAACCAGUUUAUAUCUGAUCCUGAAGAAACUAGUUUUGUCAGUCUCUUCCAGUCUCCCUCUCUCUCUCUCUCUCUCUCUCUCUCUCGCUGUCUUUUUUUUUUUUUUAAGGUGGUGGUUAUAUUUUCAGCCAGUGGCAAGAUAUUAACUGCUGGGUGUGUGCUGGUGUGUGCUAGUGGACGUGGGUGUGCUUGCUCUGCUCCUCUGCUUAUCCAGGGCUGUGAAAAAGUGUUGGUUUAUGGCUGACUAAUUAAACAAGGCAGGGAGAUAAAGGGAAUUUGACCUAGGUUAAGGUUGGUGGAUGUGGCUAGUGGGGGGGUAGGCCCUUGGAGAGUAAUUUAACCUUCUCCUCUCCUUCAGCAAAUACUGUAUGUACUUGUAGGUCCCUUUGCAGAGGUGGCAAAAAUGAAAAAAAGUGUUAGCUCUGAACUUAACCUCCCCCCCCCCCAAAAAAAAUCUCUGGAAACUGGGUGGCAAUCGGUCUUUAGUUGCUUAAAUGUAUUGGGACUCGGCUUUGUGCAUCCCCUUAAAAACUGCUCAGCCAUGAAGAUUGCUGCUGAAGUUAUUCUGGGAGUUAAAGUUCCCAGGGCAAAAAGGGUUUUGCCCUUUUUGAGAGGGUGCAAAACCUGGAAAGGGAAAUUUUUUGUUUGACCAUUUAAUGAAGUCUCCCCCCCACCCCCGCUGUGUAGUAUUAACAUUUUGCUGGAUUUCCUCAAAAGACAGUUGGAUGGCACCUUGUACUCCUCCUUCCGGCAACUCCUGCAGCCAAAUGCACUGCUCUGCUUUCCUUUGGACCCCAUGAGUGAGGCCGAGAGGGGGGUAAUGUCAUCUGGGCAGCCCAGGACCUCCAGACACACUGCCCAGGCUUGCGCCCCAGGGAAGUCACUUCAGUGAUGCUAACACAGCAGUUUGACUUCACCCCCGGAGGCGCACUCCAUUGUCUCCCAAGGCAGACGGACGCCAACAACAAUAUGUUUUCAUUGCACAGCAAGAAAAUUGUUUUACAGUAUGUCAAAAAAUCUCUUUUAAAUCAUAGAAUAAUAAAAUGCAACAAGUAAGAUGAGUGAGGCGGAGUAAAAAUAUUCUAAAUUAAUUAUUUUUACCUUAUGUUCUGGGAGGAUCGCUAUUGGCUAACCCAUAUUCACCAGGCACCAAGUACAGCGGUACCUCAGUUUAAGAACAGUCCUGUUUAAGAACGAUUCGGUUUACGAACUCUGCAAAACCGGAAGUAGUGUCCCGGUUUGCGAACUUUACCUCGGAUUAAGAAUGGAAUCCGAACGGUGGAAGGCCACCGGCGGUGGGAGGCCUCAUUAGGGAAAGCGCGCCUCGGUUUAAGAACGGUUUCGGUUUAAGAACGGACUUCUGGAGCAGAUUAAAUUCGUAAACCGAGGUACCACUGUAAUGGCAGAAGUACUUGAGCUCCAAGGAGAAAAAGGUGGCAAAUAUGUGCAACAACAACAGCUACCUUUUCAAUAGGGGAUCUUCUAUCUGCCUUUUUCUUACCAGACUUGCUUCUUCAUUUGAAUAAAAAAUAGGAAGGACCUCACUCAGCAUUUAUUUAUUUCAUAAAAUUUAUAUAUAGCUUGAUCAUAGACAAAAACUGAAAAUGGUGUUCUAGCCCACGCUCUACUCAUGGCAACCUUGUCUGCCUGAGCAAUUGAUAUAUACUACAUCCCAGUUUCCAGAAUCGACUUAUUCAGUGGUAGUUAGACUUUUACUCCGUCUCCCAUCACCCCCAUUAAUGGUUUUAAUUCCAGCUUACUUUUUCUGCAGUAGAAACUGUGUGUCUCCUUCUUUUGGUGCAAAACGUGGAGAAUUUCUCCCCUUUUAAUGAACGGAACGCCAGAGUCAAUGCGGGGCAAAUCUCAUCAGGAUUGUAAAGCACACUGAAUGUGUCAUAGGAAUACAGGGAUUGGAAUAUUUCCAGCAUCACCUGGAGACUGAAAAUAUUACUGCAUUUCUUUUGCUUAAGCUUUUUUUAAAAUUCCAUUUUAUAAUGUAGUUUAUUGCAUUUUCUGACACAUCAGCAUCUGGGGUCAGGAGGAAUUUUCCUUCACACUGGCCAUUGCCUGGGUGUAUCGCUGUCCUCUUCCAACAGGCUCUGGCAAUCUACAUUUUCAUCAGCCUCUGGGCAUUUCUGAUAUGAUUCUCUCCUGCUCCUUUUGUGGCAUUCCAAUGAGGGCUAGGCUCAUCCGAAAGUGGAGAGUGGAGGGAUCUGAUAUUGCCUGGAGCUUUAAUCUUAAAUCAUGUGGGAAAACCUGGGCUACAGGGUGGAUCCUGAUCUUCCCCCAACCCUGACCCACUUUUGAUGGGUGGGUCUGUCCACCUGCCAGUCACCUGACACCGCCAUGAUGCUGGGUGCCUCAACUUCAAAGGGAAGAAUAUGCUCAAGGUGGACUGAAGAGGAAAACAGUGCUCCUUUGCAAUAGUGCUGUAAACAAGAUCAGCUCUAGAAUGAUAGAAUUGUAGGGUACCCCAAGGGCCAUCUAGUCCAACCCCCCUGCAGUGCAGGAAUCACAGCUAUUCACAAGUUGCUGAACUCUGAUUUCCAUUGGCCCCAGCCAGCAUGGCCAGUGGUCAAGAAUUAUGGGAACUGUAGUCCAGCAAGAUCCAGAGAGGGCUGCAGGUUUCUCCAUCCCUGCUCCUAGUGCACAGGCAGCCAGAAAUGCCAGGGAAACAGGAACCAGCCCACUUUCCACAAAGGCAGGUAGGGCAGCAAAUAAAUACAGUGGUACCUCUACUUACGAAUUUAAUGCGUUCUGAACGCACAUUCGUAAGUCGAAAAAAAUUGUAAGUCGAAUCCCAUAGGAAUGCAUUGGGAGAAAAAAUUCGUAAGUAGAAGCAACCCUAUCUAAAAAUUCGUAAGUAGAAAAAAUCCUAUCUAAACCGCAUCCAAGAUGGCGGACGGAGCUCCAUUCCUAAGUAGAAACAUUCGUAAGUAGUUAUUCGUAAGUAGAGGUACCACUGUACUUUGUUUCUGAAGCAUGGGUGUGGAUUGAGUGCUACCGUAGUUAGUUCUUCUCAUUAAGACCCACACAAGCAUGUUUCAAAGCAAGCCUUGUGACCUGUUGAGGUCAGCCAGCGGUGGGACUUGAGGGCAAACGUACCCAGAGCUCUUCUGUGGAGCUCCAGCAGGCCAGAUUCCCUCAUGGAUCCUCUGCCAAUCGACUGGGAUGGGUCGGAGGGACGGGAGAAGGGAGGAUACCCCUUUCCGAUCCUGGAUUGCCUUGUUACAUUAGGUCACCCCUCCAGAAUGAUCCACAGAAGCAUGGGGGGGGCAUGUGGUGGCGGAAGGGUUAUAAGAGAGGUGGGCUGGGCAUGCAAACAGAUAAUAGACUUGUCUUUGUCUUUCCCCCUCAUGCUUCAUAUGUUGAUCUUGUAGCAGGAGUGGCCGAGGGCUUCUUUCACUUCCAGAUACAAUUCUGUCUUUGUUUAGACAGCGCAUGUGGGGAACGCCAUGCAAAUGGUGUGAAAUUGCUAAUACACUCCUUAAGGGAUAGUGGUGUGGUUCCUUCCUGGCUUUUCCCACAGUACAAAGGGGGCCCCAAGCAAUGUUUUCCCUUUGCCAUUUGUCUGGGUCAACAGGGGGCCAGUAGAGCAAGUUUCAUUGGGACUAAAUGGUGGUCACAUGACCAGAGAUAUUUUGUGUGUGUGUGUGUGAACGGGUUCAAGAGGAGCACUGCAGGCAUGGGGAGCACCAGAUAGGUCUCACUGGGCAGGUAACACUGUGGGGGUUGCACACAGCUAGUAUUUUUAGUUUGUGGCUACUUGUUAUUUAACCCUGUGAGGGCGGUUAGGCUGAGAGGCAGUGUGAAUGGCAUAGCUGCCAAGUUUUCGCUUUUCUCGCGAGGAAGCCUAUUCAGCAUAAGGGAAAAUCCCUGUAAAAAAGGGAUAACUUGGCAGCUAUGGUGAAUGGCCCAGCAUCACCCGGUGAGAGCUUCAUGGCCGACAGGGGAUUUGAACCCUGGUCAACCAUGUCCCAGUUCAACACACGAACCACUACACCACACUGGCUAAUUUCUCUUUAAUCCUGGGUGCUCAUGUCUCAUUCAUGUAAACAGGUUAUUUUAAUUGCAAGGUGCUGAGAGAGGUGUUGACUAAGUUUAAAGGACAGGUAGAAAACGUUAGAAAUGGUGAUUUGCUGAGCUGUGGUCAGCUUGUGUACUUGGUCUUUUGCUGCUUUGAGGCUUUCUGUUUAUUUAAAGCGACUGACAGACACAAUAAAUAAUAUUCCCUCUGCUACUCAGCUCUGGGGGGAAAGUGAAGUUACCUGCAGUUGUCUUCUGCACUCUCAACUCCCAUUUAUCCCAGCCACCACAGCUGUGCUGGCUGAUGAAUAUGGGAGCUGCAGUCCAAAACAUAUGGAGGGCACCAAGUUGGGGAAGGCUGUUUUUAAAAGGAGGUAGGAGCUGAUGCGGUAUGUUGACAACAGGUAGGUGCCUUUGCUGUACUCUUUUGCCUAUACGUCAGCAGUUCCCAUUAUGGGGCCCGCCUCCUUGGUUCCAUAAACUCCUCCCCAGGGCCCCUUACUACCCUACUGUAUAAAAAAAACAUUAUGCAUGACCCACUAAGAAAGAUAAUUACACAAAAAACUCAGACAAUUAAUUGCACAUUUAUUAAAAAUCCUAUUAAAACUACUUAGUUUAAUUAAUUCAGCACAGUUGAUCCAGUGAUGCCAACUUUUCAAAGUCUGAUAAUCUACUUCAGUACCCCACCCCUGCUUCUUAGCAACCCCCCUCCCCCGGUAAUUUCACUGCCCCCAAGGGCUCUGUGCUAUGCCAGUGCUAGUGAUUUUAAGAACAAGGGCAAAGGUGGCCGUGUUCUGUUGAACUGAGGGUGGGAUGCAGAAAGGGACAUGUGUUCAACCCAAACACAUUUUUGCCACAUCAGGGCUGAGCGGAGCCUGGAAGCUAGUUGGGAUGCAUUAUUUUUGUGAGGCAGAAAACUGAUCACGUAGCCCCUUGGUGUUGAAGUUUAGUUCUGGGCCUGGAAAACACUUCUUCUUUUUUUAAAUCAAUUUUUAUUGAAUUUUACACAAAGAAAAAUACAAAAUAGGAAAUAUUACAACAAACUUAUUUCUUCAAUAUUCCUUAAAAUACAAAAAAGAGGGGAAAAAGAAAAAAGAAAAAGAAAACACUUCUUUAAGGUGUGUGCAAGAGGCUUCUGAGCUCUUUGGUGGUCUCUGGGAGCGGCCCUUGAGAUGGUGGCCUGCAAGGGUUUGUGCUUCCAAGCAGCAGAUGUAAGGAAACUUCCACCCAGCCAAUGGACUGAGGAGAAGGGAGGGGUCACCAGCCGUUUAAUUGAACAGAGGAUGGGCCAAAGAGUCAUAAACAGGAGCUUAGUCUUGGUUACUCCCUUUUUGACGCUGCAGCCUGUGGAGGAGCGCCGAGCAAACCAAGAUGAAGUCUCACGAGGAGGAAUGGGAUUGUAAGUCUGGCUGCAUCUUCACUGCUUUGUUCAGCACCAGUAACACUGAGAGCUGGGUUUGUCCAGAUCUUUCGGUAGCGAAACUUCUCUGCAAUCCUCUUUGUAGUUUCUUCUUCUUCAGCUGUGACUAAACAUGGCCACCCAUCUGGAAAUUCUUGAGCUCUGCUCUCGUAAUCAUUACCAGGGAAGGCAAGGAGGGUGUGCAUCCUUCUCUGGUGGCUCAGAUGCUGUAUCUCUUAGAAGUUGUAACUGGCUUGGUCUGGAGUUUGUCAGCUCUUUUGCCUGGUGAAGAUCUGUGUUCAGCCGAAAGCUGGCAUAUUAUUGUGCUUUGUGGUCUUGCUGUCGGGCCCGCAGUUGCACAGUUUUGGCACUUCUUAGAGCCUAAGGUUGCAAUCCUAACUCCGCUUACCUGAGAGUAAGCCCCAUUGAAUUCAGUAGUACUUAGUUCUUAGUAGACAUGGUGAAGAUUGUGCUGUUUGUUGAGGAGGCACUAUUCCUCUGUUGCGGUUCAGAGAUAGCACUGUUUCUUGUUUUCUGGGACAAUUUAAGGCAUCAAAUUCUUCACACCCCAAGAGGAGAGCAGGAGUGAGGCUGGGAGUUGCCGUUGGCUGAGAGUUAGCUGCACAGUGGGCUGUCUUAGCUCUUGGGCUGCGCUGGAUGGAAGGAGUGUUGGAGAGACAUGGCUUGGGACUCUUUGUCAGGGAGGCGCUUUAUGAUUCUGAUGGUUUUCAGGGUGUGGAAAAAGCAGAAUGCCACAGAAGAAGCACAAGGGACCUGAGAAGUGCAAGCUCAGCCCUCAGAGACCGAGUUGGUGCUGUCUUCAAAGGAGCUUUUGCAAGCCUUCUGCUGUUUAGUGGCUGUUCCUGCUGUAAUGUGUCAUUGGAAACUGGACGGCGGCUGCACAGAAAUAGGAGAAGUGGUUACUUACUCCACUUGGAAGGCUUUUAUCCCAUACGCAUUCUUUAAUUUAGCAACCCAGGAAGCAAAAUGGCUAAAGUGCACAAAAAGGCAUCUUUUAACAUGACUUGUCUGCUCCCCUGUUCUUUCAGAUUUCUCUGUGAGAAUAUAUGGUUGCCAUCUAGCUGGCUGUUCUAGCACAUACAUUGAUUCUUGUUGGGGAGGGCAGCAAGUUUCAGGGGUAACUACUCUAUAUUCCUGCGUAUAGGACUACUUUUUAACCCAGGAACAUAUUCUCAAAAGUCAGGGGUCGUCUUAUAUGCCAGGUCGUAUUUCUUAUACGGCAAGUGUAUCCCAAACUAUAUAUUUUAACUGGAAAAGUUGGGGGUCGUCUUAUACGCUCAGUCAUCUUAUACACCGGAAUAUACAGUAAUAUGUCUGGGGAUGAUUCAGUAGCCAGAGGUGAGACUUUCCAGUUAAGAAAUUGAGGCUUAGGAUAGGUCUUCCCCACCCCAGUGGCUAGUAGAAGCCGAGGAAAUUAUGUCAGUUUAACUUAAUUUGCUAAUUGGCUUAAUUUGCACCUUUUCUUCUAGAUCAGGCUUCCUCAACCUCAGCCCUCCAGAUGUUUUGAGACUACAAUUCCCAUCAUCCCUGACCACUGGUCCUGCUAGCUAGGGAUCAUGGGAGUUGUAGGCCACAAACAUCUGGAGGGCCGAGGUUAAGGAAGCCUGUUCUAGAUGCACGACCUGGCUGUUCUAUUGGUGAAGAUUUCUGAAUUUUCAUUCUCCAGCAGAGUGUUUAUUUGCCCCCAUCUGCAUCUAAUGUUGCAGGAGAUCCACUUGAGGUGGGGGAGAGAUAUAGUGAGCCAGCUCUCCCUCACCAUCCUGCAAAGUGGAGGGUGCCCUCUAGGCUUAUUGCCACUGUCACCCCUUCGCGACAGGGAGUGUGAAACAACUGGUGCUAUUCCAGGAUCUGGAUUUGACUCUGGGAUCAGCAGUUGCCAAUCUGGAAUGUUCAGGACAUUUCUAGGGACCAGCCCCAAAUGUCUAGCAUUUGUUCCUGUACAGGAUUGCUGACACCUUUGGUGCUCGCAUCAAAAGGCUGGGCGAGCCAGGGACAUGGACCUCUUCUAGACUUGUAGAUGGGUGGUGCCCGUCUGGCAACCUGGGCAGAUUAUGGGCAGGCCCCAAACAAACAUCCUCCUUAUGAAAUUGUUAUUGUUUGUUAAUAUGGAUUAAGUGCUCAUAUUCUUGCUCUGAUUAGCAAUAUCCUCAAGACUGCCAAUUACAGGAUAUUGGCAAUUUGGGUAUGCUGGUGUUUUGCCUUCCGGGUAGCAAGGUGAGGUGCAAGAGGCAAAAAGUACAUGAAAUUAUCUCUUAUCUGGCCAGCUAAUAAAGCAUUGCAAGCUGUUGAUUCCAAGGGGUGUUUCUUCAGCGGUGCAAGAAGUUGGAAGAACCAUCUCUUUGGGUUGGAAAGUUUGCCGGCCGCCUUGAACUUUGAUGAAGAUCUGUUCUUCACCCCAGUCCUGUAUAAUCAGGAGAUAGUAAAUCAGCAUUAUGCCCAGUGUGUUAACCUUUUGGUCUUGCUGCAGUUCCUGCUGCUUCCUAUUACAGUGGUACCUCUACUUACGUGCCCCUCUUGUUACUUAUCCUUCGGGAUACGCACAUGGCAAACCCGGAAGUAUAUUUCCGGGUUUCGCCAUGCACGCAUGCGCAGAAGCGCUUUAUCGCACCGUGUGCAGAACAGGCACCUCUGGGUGCAGAAACCUUGGGGUCCGACCAGAGCUCCGGAACGGAUCCCGCCCACAACCAGAGGUACCACUGUAUGCUUAAUUCUCCAGUGCAGGAAUUCACAGGCCUGUUCCCUUUACCCAAGUUCCAAGAAAGUAUAAGAGGAGGAGGAGGACUGCUCUUGUGCUCAGAUCCUGCUUGCAAGUUUCCCACAAGCAUCUGGUUGGCCACUGUGAAAACAGGAUGCUGGACUAGAUGGGCCAUUGGCCUGAUCCAGCAGGCUCUUCUGAUGUUCAGCUAGCCAUAUGCCCUCUAUUUAACUUGUAACAUGGGGUCAAAGAGACAGCCAUCUACCCAGAGGCUCACUUCAGACACAAGGGCAAGACUUGGUUUGUCCUUAGGAAAACGAGCCACUUCUUCCUUUGAAGGAAACUUUUGCUGCAGACUUAAAAUCAGAACCUUUGGGUGCCCUUCCCUUGUUCAUGAUUGAAAGGGAAAGAGGGACCAUUACUUAAGUCCUCCAUGAACUGCUCUAAUCCCCUUUUUAACUUGUCCAAGUGAAGAAGUACUGUACUUUAUUUUGUCUGCUCUGAAUCUUUCAGUAUUCAGUUUCCUUGGAUUGACCCUGUUGGAUUUUAAUAUUAUGUCCCCACUCCAAAUGUUGUGAGCUUUCCUCAGAUGGGAGUUGCUUCGCCCCCUGAAUCUUUUCCAGCUCCACAGCAUCCUUUUGGGGUCUGGCAACCAGAACAAAACACAUUAUUCCAAGUGUGGUUGCACCAAAAAUUUGUAGAACGCCAUCAUGCUAUUGGCAGUUUUACACCAGCAAUUCUGCAUGUGAAUUCUUUUAAGAGCUCUCAGGAAGACGUCAUCUGGACCCGUGAUUAGUUCAUUUCUAAUUUGCCAGGCUGUGGCUGGUAAUACAGUUUGCAGGUAUGCCACAGGUAUGUUACGUGGCGGCUGUGAUGUACCUUAAUUGGCUUAAGGGGUGACAUCCCUGCAGCCGGUUGGGUCCAGCAGUGCAUCUGGGGUCAUGGCAUAUCUCCAGCCCCGCCAAGGAAGCCUGAGGUUUCUCUUGAAGGAUCCGCUAAGGGGAUCAAAGGCUUCUGCAAACUUUUGUAGGUCACCAGUUCAGAUCCAGAGCAGGUCCACCAGAUGGUUCCUGUGUGAAUCGCAAAGUGGCUGGCUCAGAACUGUCCCCGCUGGCCAGAUGCCAGUGUGUUGCCAUUGGCAACCUGGGCAUUGGGGUCACAGAGGUGGCAAUGCCAGGUCACUCCUGAUCCUUCCCAGCUUUGGGGUCAGGCACUCUGCCAAACUUGCCCUGCUUGUUUCAACCGCAUUUCCACACAGAUCCCACCUUGGCCUGUGGCAAACCCUGGCUCUCCAUUUGAAAGAGGGUUUUCCUGUCUCAACACAAAAUGGAGGAAAAUGGGGAGAGGUUGUGUUUAUCCUGCGUUAUACUGGCUGGAGUUUCGUGCUUACGUACCCAAAGCCACAAUGCCCACAUGUGAGAGAAGUGCCUGCGGACUUGUGGGUGACCACAAGGUAUGUUGUUUAGUCGUGUCCGACUCUUUGUGACCCUAUAGACCAGAGCACGCCAGGCACUCCUGUCUUCACUGCCUUCCGCAGUUUGGUCAAACUUAUGUUGGUAGCUUCGAGAACACUGUCCAAUCAACCCCAAGGUAUACACAAGUACAAAAAAAAACUACAGAGAAAAAUUAAUUUAUAGGAGUGGUACUCAAAACGAGCCCCUUAACUCAAGUGGCACAGGAUGUUGAGAGAUUGAUAAGGGAACGGCAGGACAACUGCAUGGUGGACAGCUGGGGGCUAAAAUGCAGUGGUAUAGAUGGUGCAUAUAUUUAGUAUGGAUAGAAAGAGCCAUAGGUUACUUCCUGGUUCACACUGAAAAGCUGUUUCUCAAUGUCCCCAGGGAUAGAAGAGAGAGCUUCCCAUAGACUUCACUGGAGAAAUUAAAAGAAUGCAAUAUAUCUUGAACUGGACAGAAGUGUGCUCCUCCCUAAAUAAAUAAUGGAUAGAAUGGAGGCAGAGGCAUUCCAUACGGCAAUAUUUUGUUGUAAGGUUCCACUGGUUUUAAAAAUCAUUUAUAUCCAGCCUUUUGGCCUCAGAUAUUAAAAACCCUCUUCAUUCUUAGAAUUGCCUGGUCGUGCUGCUUCUAUUUCAAGACUGCGCCAAUUUUCUUCCUGGAAUUUUGGCUGCAAUUUUAGCUGUUUUUGCCACAGCACAUGGUUUGAGGCGACUUUGACAGAGAGGUGCCUGCAGGUCAAGCCUUUAAAAUCUUGGUUGGGGUGAGAGAGGAGGGAUCUUUGUAUGUGGAAGGGGCAUGAACUCCAGGUCCGUGUUUUGUGGAUUAGAGAUUUGAAUCCAUUUUCUGCCUUGUACCCCUUCACAGUCAACUCGGUCACUAGCAGAUCUUCAGUGAAAUCCUUCGCAGCAAUCUUAAGAUGCCUUUGUGCUCAGUUUUGCCAAAGGAUCAGACUUCUUCUUGCUUCUCCACCCUCCUUUGUGAUAUGAAAAUCUGACCCGCUUCUGUGUAUUCGCUUUGCACUUGAAAGCGAAAAUGUCAACCAGGACAGAUCAUUCAUGCUUUGGUUUUCGUUCUGCUCCAUGCUUUUAUUUUAGUCAAGUGGUGUUGUAAAAAGUGAUCUGGGAAGGUCAGGACUCAGGAGUUAACACUUUCUGCACUGCAGAACCCCCCCCCCCCCCCCGCAUCUGAGAAAUCUGAUAAGGGGGUUUCCUCAGUGCCCUCAUAAACCAAAAAUCAAAGUGCUGUUAACAGUCAAAGUGCAUGUUUAAUAGACGGAGAGAGAAGCCAGCCGUGUUUCACGUUUACAGUGCAUCUUAAUAAUGGGUCAGUCCUGGGUAGAGAGAUCGUUCAAGGAACAGGGUUCCCACUGUAAAUCCCUCUGGAGCUUGGAGGGUCUUAGAAUACCAGUUUUAUAUACUGUAGUUACUUUGGUCAGCAUGCGCAUUUAUUCAGGAGAGAUCAAAGGAAGUCCAUCUUCACAAAGCACAUUGUUAAUCUAUGGAACUUGCUCCCCCAGGAGGCAGUGGUGGCUACUAACUUGGAUGGCCUUAAGAGAGAAUUGCACAAAUUCAUGGAGGAGGAGAGGGCUAUGGAUGGCCACUGGCCAUGAUGACUCUGCUUUGCCUCCAUGGGUGGAGGUAGCAAUUCUUUUGAAUCUCAGUUGCUGGAAACCAUAAGAUGGGAGAGAGCUCUUGUGCUCAAGUCCUGCUUGCAGGUUGCCCUUUGGGGCAUCUAGUUGGCUGCUGUAAGAACAGGAUGCUGGACUCGAUGGGGCACUGGCCUUGGCCCAGCAGGCUCUUCUUAUGUUCUUAUUUAUUUUGUUUAUUUAUAUGCUGCUGUGUCAUAAAAUAUAUCAAAGCGAUUUACAGCAACAAAACAUAAAACCAUACAAUCAGAACCAUAAAAAGGUUAAGAUCAGACAUCAAAUAACCAUUAUGGAAGGAUAUAUUCUUAAUUGAGGGACGCGGGUGGCACUGUGGUCUAAACCACUGAGCCUAGGGCUUUCCGAUCGGAAGGUCGGCAGUUCGAAUCCCCGUGACGGGGUGAGCUCCCAUUGUUCAGUCCCAGCUCCUGCCCACCUAGUGGUUUGAAAGCACGCCAAAGUGCAAGUAGAUAAAUACCUUUACCUCUGACGGGAAGGUAAACGGCGUUUCCGUGCGCUGCUCUGGUUCGCCAGAACCGGCUUAGUCAUGCUGGUCCCAUGACCGCUGUCUGCAGACAAACGCCGGCUCCCUCGGCCUAUAGAGUGAGAUGAGCGCCGCAACCCCAGAGUCAUCCGCAACUGGAACUAAUGGUCAGGGGUACCUUUACCUUUAUAUUCUUAAUUGCCUGCAUAGGCCUGGCAGAAUAGAAGUUUUCAGCAGGUGUUCAAAAGUUGGUACAGAAGGCGCCUGAUGACUGUCUAGUGGCAGAGAGUUGCACAGGACUGGACCAGUGCCACUAAAGGCUUGGUUUCUUGCUGUCAAACGAGCCUCACCAACUUGGAACAGUCAACGGCACUGCUGGAGAUGAUCUUGGCUAUUGAGAUGGAAUAUAAGGGUUCAUUCAGGUGGUCCCUGAGGCUUGGUAGUGGGUAGGCAGUCAGUGCAGAUGUUUUAACAAUGGAGUCACAUGUUCUCAACCAGAAGCUCCCAACAGCAGCCUGGCUGCCACAUCCUGCAUGAUCAAGGGCCCUGUAGGAAACCUGGCCACUUAAGACCUGAACUCUGGUGAUGCCUCUUGCUUCCCUGGAUGGAGAAAAAGUCACAUGUUGCCCCACCCACUUUCCCCCCUGCUCUCCUUUGUUUUGGCAACCCACAAGGUGGCUUGAUUUAGUAUUAAAAGAAGUGUGGCACGUAAUAGCUCCCACAGCCUCUUCUGGUCAGCGGCAUUAAGUAUGGAUCUCCAUUGACGUUGAUUUUCCUUCAAGUACAUACAGGCUGCCUGGUUGAAGGGAAGGCAGUGGAUGAUCAGCAGGUCUGCUAGCCAACAUCACCAUGUUCAGCAAGAAGAAGAAGCGCAUUGAGAUCUCUGCCCCCUCCAACUUUGAGCACCGGGUCCACACGGGGUAUGACCAGCAGGAGCAGAAGUUCAUAGGGCUGCCGAGGCAAUGGCAGGGCAUCAUCGAGGAGUCGGCCAAGCGGCCGAAGCCGUUGGUGGAUCCAGUGUGCAUUACGGCUGUCCAGUCUGGCUCUCAGAAGACCAUCGUGCGGGGGAACAAGGCGGCCAAGGACGGCUCCCUGGCCUGGCUGCUGGAUGAGUUUGAGAACAUGUCCGUGUCGCGCUCGAACUCCCUGCGCAGGGACAGCCCCCCCUUCCCACCUCGGCACGACCAGCUCUACCAGGAGAACGGCCUGAGCGAGGCCCUGGCCAGGCCCUCCCGCCACCACCACCACCACCACUACCAUGCUGCCACCACCGAGGAAGACUCUGGGGGCAGCAGGGGCAAAGAGCUGAAGGAGCGGAACCGCCACGGCUCCCGAAACGAGCUGGACCAGAGCAGGGAGAGGAGCCGGGAAGACAGGACAGCCGCUCAGCACCCCCGGGGGCAGGAGCCCACGGGCAAACCUCACCAUCGACCGCCCCCUCCAGACUACCACAAGCCCUUCUCGGACCACAGGCACAGGCCACACGAGCGAGACGGGAGGAGAGAGAUGGGCGCCGAGAAGGAGCCAUUGGAGCGCGUGGUCAGAAGGGAGCGUGCGGACAUCCCCGACAAAAGACCCAAAUCCACCUACACCGGGGAGACCAGCCCGCAGUCCCCCCGGGAAAAGCGGCCCCUUUCUGGACCCAAUAUCCGGACCCCAAAUAUCCCCAUCUCUGAGGGGGUCAUGAAAACGGCACAGCAGACCGGGCGGCCUUUUAACACGUACCCGCGAGCAGACACAGAUCCCGUCCGGGGUGCUCAGGCAGAGCACAGGCCCGGGAAACCCCAAGAAACAGCUUCCAACGGCCCCAUAAGUGGAAACAGCAGCUCCUCCAGGCCCCCACCAUCGGGCCCAACGAGAUCCCGGAACCCAGAGCCGCCCCACCCAGGACUCUCCCAGCACGCCUCGGACCCCCACUUGACACACAUCCCACCGUCUGCCCACCAGCCGCCGUACUCUCAGCAGCCCCCUCCCCAGCAUCCGCCCCCACAGCCCCCAGGCCCCCCUCCCCCAGCCCCACAGCAGCCCCGCUCCCCACAGCGCGAGCCCCAGCGGGUCUCCCACGAACAGUUCCGGGCUGCCUUGCAGAUGGUGGUGGACCCGGGCGACCCCAGGACCUACCUGGACAACUUCAUCAAGAUUGGUGAGGGGUCCACUGGCAUUGUCUGCAUCGCUACCAUCAAGAGCUCCGGGAAGCUGGUGGCCGUCAAGAAGAUGGACCUGCGCAAACAACAGCGGCGAGAGCUGCUCUUCAACGAGGUUGUGAUCAUGAGAGACUAUCAGCACGAGAAUGUGGUGGAGAUGUACAACAGCUACCUGGUGGGCGAUGAGCUAUGGGUCGUCAUGGAGUUCCUGGAAGGAGGCGCUUUGACAGACAUUGUCACACACACGAGGAUGAACGAGGAGCAGAUUGCGGCCGUCUGUCUGUCUGUCCUCAAGGCGCUCUCCGUCCUCCAUGCCCAGGGUGUCAUCCACCGAGAUAUCAAGAGUGACUCCAUUCUGCUCACACACGACGGCCGGGUCAAACUCUCCGACUUCGGGUUCUGUGCGCAAGUGAACAAGGAGGUGCCGCGGCGCAAGUCCCUGGUUGGGACCCCUUACUGGAUGGCGCCAGAGCUCAUCUCCCGGUUGCCCUAUGGACCGGAGGUGGACAUCUGGUCCCUAGGCGUGAUGGUGAUAGAAAUGGUGGAUGGGGAGCCCCCUUAUUUCAAUGAGCCCCCUUUGAAGGCCAUGAAGAUGAUCCGGGACAACCUGCCCCCCAAACUCAAAAACGUGCACAAGGUCUCUCCCUCCCUGAAGGGCUUCCUUGACCGCCUGCUGGUCAGGGACCCAGCCCAGCGAGCCACCGCCAAUGAACUCUUGAAGCACCCCUUCCUGGGGAAAGCUGGCCCCCCUUCCUGCAUCGUGCCCCUGAUGAGGCAGAACCGGAUGAGAUGAAAGAGGCAAAAGAAACUGGACCAUCUUACCAAAGAGAGAGAGAGAGAGAAGACACCUGCAUCGUCCCUGGCUAACCCCCCCACCCCACCCCAACGGCAGCUGGAAACCCUCCAGGGACAGCGGGCACCCUGUGGCACCUCCCAGCUCUGUUCCUGCUGAAAGAGGGGGCUUCUCUUCCUUCCUCCGGGCAGCGUGGCCAGGGAGACUUGUCACCUCUGCGUUCCACCCUCAGGCCGAUCCUCCCUUGAGGGACUCCUCUACAUCCGCCGCUGAUGCUGGAGACACAAGUCCCACAAACAGUGUCCUGCCUGCCCACCUCUGGCGAGUAGGACGCCCUCUCUGCGCCACACCUUCCGUACUACUGAGCUCGGAGCAGGGUUUAGUGCCCUGGAGGGAGGGGGGAUUUUUUUUAAAAAAAAAGACUGUAACAUUUCCGAUUGCUGUUUAGCCAUUCAUAUCACACAAGUCUGGGGGCAGCGGCGAUUUGGGUGGGUAGGGGAGAGCUCGAAACACAACCCCUCUUCAGUCUGGUUUCCGAGACCCCUCUCUCGUUCUUCCCUCCUUGGUAGCAUGUCUUUCCUCCCAGAUAGCAAGAGGACAGAGGGGGCGGGGGCCAUUGGCAAAGAGUGUCCCAGAGAGGGGGUGGGGGGCAGGGAAGCCCCCCUCCCCACAGUCCAGUCAGAUUUCUGGGGACUUCAGUUGAGCCAAGGCUGCCUCUCCCCCUCCCUGAAUAAUCCUCUCCCUGCCCCCCCCCAAGCCAAACCUGCCUCAGAUUUUUAAACUGGGGAGAAGCACUGCUUCUCCUGGUAUUGGAGAGGAAGAGAAGGAAGUGAGGUGGGUUUUCUCAGGGGCUUCCAUCUCAGGCAAACGAGACUCUCAGCUCUGCAAAGCGGUCCUUUUUUAGAAAAGAAAAACCUCCCUCCAUAAAUUCCUCCGUGCUCUUAACUGCCAGUUAAAGAGUUUCAGGCCCUCUUUUUGAAUCAAGAUGGCCGCUUCCACCUACCCAGCCCAGUUCUCUCGUUUUUAAAACUGUCCCUUUUCACAGGGUUGUGCCCUUCCUGAGCUCCUUCCCCAACCCACGUCUCCUGUGCUGCUGAGGCAGGAACUGCAGUCGUCACUGGGAAUCCUGACCUGGGAAGGCUGCUUUUAAUCGCAAGCCUGUCUCUUUGUCCCUGGUUUCUGCGCCUCUUGUCGCCGCUUGGCCAGGAUAGAGCUGCACUGGCCCCUCUCUCCCCCCUGCCUUGUCUUCUCUUCUCCCUUUGCUCUUUCUCCCUGCCUGCUGUUGCCGUGCUGAGCUUGCUUCCUGCCUUUGAUAGUGGCAGCCGUUGCCCCUCUGCUUGCUCUUGAGCUGUGUGCUUCCCACCCCAGGCAAAACUGUGACUAGCAAGUUUCUCCGGCCUGGAGGGCAGACUGGAUUUAUGGAAGUCCUCGUUGUGGGUUUUGUUCUGAUCUCGGCCUAGGGUGUGCCAAGAACAGGCCUUGUUCUGGUUUUAUUUUUUUGUCCUGUCUUGCAGCGGGGAGACUUUCUCUGGACUUCUCCUUUGUGGCUGGUGACGCUCAGCUUGGAGGAUGACUUAGUCUGCCGCUCGCAAUCUCAGAAGUGUGGUGUGGGGCUCCUGGGGCCAGGCAGCCACGCGCCUCUUGGUGUUGCUCACCAGACCUGGAAACCUGCCCAACCCUCCCCGCACUGCAAACCUUGAACAUAGCAAUGUUAGGCAGGAAGAAAAGGGAGCAGGAAGAGCAAAUGAGCUUCCUGGGUGUUUCUCUGUGAGACUGAACCCGUCUGUGGUUGUGAUGCUCUGUCACUUUGCUCCCCUCCGGCUGAACAAGCAGUGGGAUACCAGCAACAGGGCCUCUCCUGUCAUUGCCCCCCACCCCAGCUUAUUGCUAGGCUGGGGGGCGAGGAGAUAGGGAGAUCACUGCUCCUAUGUUCCUAGUCUUUAAAAUAGAGGCCAGUAUGAGCUUGCAAAGUGGCACUUCCCUAAGCUCUUGCAUUGUUAGCUUUUUUUGGGGGGGGGGUCUGCCUUGCCAGUUGUUGGGGAGCAGCAGCAAAGGCCAGAGGCCACCCCCUUGGCUCCCGACAUGUCCCUGUGUGGCGUCUUGUGGCAUGGACAAGGCAGGAAUGUCAGGGGCAGGACAGCAGCUUGAAAGAUGAAGGCCACCAGGUUUGCUAGCCCUGGGUUGGAUCGGAAGCUCAGGCCCGUCCUUCCCUCCGCACAUGCACCCUCUGGGUUGGAGAGGGCUUGAGUCCCCCGUGGCAGGAAAGUGGGGAAGGGUGUGGCAUUCACAGCGCUUUCUGGAAAGGAGGCUUGCUUGGGGGCCCAGGAGACACCAAGAGUCCCCUGGCAGGGGAGGGGAGGUGUAAAGUAGGUGCAGCUGCCUUGAGGAACAGAGCUGGCCUCCAAAGGUCUCCACCCCCCCCCCUCCUUGCCACACAAGGCACCCCCUCCUUGCAUGCUUGUACAUACAGGAUGGGCUUUUCUGCAUGCAGAGUUACGGGGGAAGGGUUUUGCAGGGUUUUCUUCUUCAAGAGUUUGGGGAACUUUCUUGCUUCCUGGUUUUAGGUUCUUACGGGUAUAGGUUAUGCAUCACAUUUGCCGUGGAAAUGCUUUUUGGGAGCGGGGAGGAAGCACCCCGCUUUCUGAUGCCCCUCCUAGGGCUCAAAGAGCAAAUAUUUCUCAUUUGCCCCUCCGCGAAACCAGGAUCUCCCUGUUGCUGCUUUUGCCACACUCCUGGCAAAUUUGCUGUCAGUUUCAACCACUCUUGAGGGAGAAAACCCAGGCGUUUGGUUUUUAAAAUCCUGUGGGUUCCACUCCUCAUCUCCAUUGGCAUUAGCCAGGUGCAAACUGGCAUAUUUUAGGAGGGAUUUGCAGGUGAAAAAGAGCCAACCUUGGUCCACGCAGGGCAGAAUUCCCGCAAGGGUCCAGGACUGAGCCCCUCCCCGCCAAUGCUGUUGGCCUGCAAUGCAGGUAUUCCGCAGGACAUCCCCUUCCCCCGUUUGCUUCCUGCUUCUGGUGCUUUUCUUCUCAAAACUGGACAGUGUUUCAUCUCUUCCGAUCUCUAGAGGAACCCUUGCUUGCAACCAAGCUAACCUGGGCCUUCCUUCCUAGCGCACCUGGCUUUUGCCUGCAGGCAAAGGCUUUACCCAACACUGCGUUUGUGGAUCUGUUCUGUUCUGCAACAAAGCCCAGGGGCUUUCCUCGAAGGGUUUCUCAGCUUUGAACCUCAGAACAGGCUAGUCUUCGAGGGCCUAGCAAUCAUCACCACUCCAACCCCUUUCUAAGAAGCUGGGUUUUCCCACCUCUGGGAACAAUUCUUUUUGUAACUCUAUAUAGCUGCAGCUUUAAAUCUGAGCCAUCCCACGGACUGUUCAUCUCCUGGUAGCUUGCUUACAAAUGGAAGGAGCUGGCAGCCCUAGAAUCCCUGGCUCCGGAGUGCUCACUUCCCCUCUUCUCACAGCCGUCUGCUGCCUCCGCUCUAGGAAUUGGUUUCCCCCAUGCACACAGGGGGAAAAGAAACUAUUUUUUUAUGGCACUAACACAGAUGCACAAACACUACACUUUUCCUGCAGUGGAAAAUACUUCAAAUCUCAUCCUUUCAAGGUGGAGGGUGAUAAACUCUCAGCCUUCCCAAAUCCCACAUAACACUAUAUUCUCUCCCUCCCCCCCCCCCCCAGUUUCCUGAGAUGCAGGACUGGAAUUUUAACCACAGGCCCUGGCAAAGAAGCCUCGCCCUGUCCCACAGAACUGGCCCCAGAGCCACUCCCUCGUUCCUUUCCCUCCCCAUAUCCUGCCUCCUUGUAGCUUGAAGAUUUUUAUAUGACUGGAGGUUUAGGAAUGGGGGUCUUUCCCCCCUCCCUGUGAGAAUGACUACUGAUUCAUUUCUGUGGGUUUUUGUUACUUUUUUAAAAAGAGAAGUUAUUUAUAUUGCAUUUUUUUAAAAAAAAACACACAACAGUAUUUUGCGUUGGGAUGAUUUCUCCCCUCCCCUUCGGAUCUGUUUCAGACAGACUGCUGUGACAAAUUCUAGUAAGACGUUCUCACCAUGAGUUGUAUUGUAUAAAAAACCUGGAUUCUUCAUGUGAUGAGAUUUGGCUGUGGGUUUCUUUGGUUCGGUUGUUGUUCCCCCCCUCCCCCCUUUUCAAAUGUGGUGUUUGAAUUUUGGGUGAAAAGUUUUAAAUAGUCAAAAUUCUAGUUUUACAAUUACAGAGGCGUGCUCCUUCCUUUGUUUUUAACUCUCUCGGGUCUUUCUUGGGAGGUUCGUCUUCUGGGUUGGUGAGGGUGCGCAUUAAGAACGAAGCCGUCCGACGAUCUGGAUCACGAGGCACACCUCUUCCUUACAGAUGCAAGAGGACAGAAUUGUAGAGUCUGAAGGGAGCCCCUUCCGAGGGUCAUCUAGUCCAACCCCCUGCGUUGCAAGAAUCCCAGCUAAGCAACUUUGUACUGAGAACAUGCUAUUAUCCUCCUGAUCGAAAUGCUCAGGGGGGAGACCCUUAUGAAGAAGAUUGAAGGAAGCAUUACAAAAAGGAAAUGUUGUAAUGGGUGACUUCAGCUACAGGCUGGCUGGCUAUAUAUCUUCCAACCAUGAUAAAGUAAAAUUUCUAGAUACCCUAAAAAUGACUGUGCCCAAGUACAAGGAGCUGACCAGAGAGACAGUGGCCCUGGAGUCGUGCGGCACCCAAUAUCUGGUGCGAACUGCUUGGCGACAAUGGCCAUAGUUUUAUUAAAUGGCCUAUUGCCAAGAAGAUCCAAUACAGGCAACCAGAAUGAUCAAGUAGGUGGAGAAACUCACUCUAUGAGCAUCUGGGGGGGGGUUGGGUUUUUUUUUUUAGUUUAGGGGAAAGGUAAGAGCUGAUCUGAGAGGAGUGUAUAAAAUGGUGCAUGGCAUAGAGACGUUCCUUUCCCUUCUAACACUGGAACUUGUGGGCCUCCAAUGAAGCUGAACGUUGGGAGGAUGCAGGGCAGAUAAAGUCCUCUUCCACACAGCGCAGUUAACCUGCGGAACUCCCUCCCACAGGAGGCAGUGGUGGACACCAACUUGGAAGGCUUGAAAGAGGAUUAGAUGGGUUCGUGGAGGAUACGGCUAUCAAUGGCUACUUCCAGCCUCGAUGGCUGUGCUCUGCCUCCACGGUGGGAAGCAGGAUGUCUCAAUACCAUUUGCUGGAAGCCUUGGGAGAGGAGAGGAAUCUCAUUCUCCGGUCCUGCUUGUGGGCUCCCCUUUGGGGCAUCUGGCUGGCCACUGUGAGAACAGGAUGCUGGCUUGAUCCGGCAGGCUCUUACAUUAUUGACACCACAUUUUGAACCCUCUCAUUGCCUUCAUGUGGGGCAGAAAGCUGGUCUGAAAUCCUCUGUGAUGUGCAACUUUUAAGCUGUUUACACGGUUUAGCAUCCCAAUGUGUUUCCCUAGCCUCUGCCCCUGAAUCGAUGCAACCAUGAGAUGUUCCUACUUGUGCAGCCACAAAAUGCGCCUGGUAUUGGUGGGCAUUUGCCACCAGCGAUGGAUUCAGAGCAACCAUUUUGUCCUCCAUUUGAGAUCACUUUUAUAGGCACCAGGUGCUGUAAAUACGGACCAGUAACUUCCCCGCUGGGAGUGGUUGCUUUCAGUAUGGCUAUAAGAAGAGAUCUCUCCUCUCUGGGGUAUAAAUUAAGACUUGGAUGAGCUAGCAGUGCACUCACCUUCAGAACACACACGCUCUUCCCAGUUGGGUUUUGAAACAAAGAAAACAAGUUGCUCCAAACUACUAUAAAGCCCUUUUUGUGGCAACACUUAGAAUUCCCCCUCCUUCCCUUGAGCUGCUUUUAAUAGCCUGCAGGCGUUGCAUCAAGAAACCCCAAAGCCCAGUGAAAGGAUUCUCAAUUGGUUUAAAGCGUCUGGGGCAGGUGAAGGGGAGAGAAGCACUAUUAAAACUAAGAAUACACAGUGCUGAAUUUUUUAUUUUAAAGAGAGGAUCCAUUGCUUGGAAGGGCACCUGCAAUGAUUCUUGCAAAGAUCUUGUCCAGGGGUCAGCAAACUUUUUCAGCAGGGGGCAGGUCCACUGUCCCUCAGAUCUUGUGGAGGACUGGACUAUAUUUUUUUGGGGGGUGAACAAAUUCCUAUGCCCCACAAAUAACCCAGAGAUGCCUUUUAAAUAAAAGGACACAUUCUACUCAUGUAAAAACACGCUGAUUCUGUCCAUGGACUGUCCACGGGCCGGAUUUAGAAGACAAUUGGGCCAGAUCCAGCCCCCGGGCCUGAGUUUGCCUACCCAUGAUCUUGUCUAUGCUGACAAUGCAUGAUGCUGCAGGGUCCGUUCAGAAAGGCAGGCUAUAUACUGAGAGCUGCUCUGGACAUGCAUCAUUUGGGGAGAAAAACAUAUUUUAGGUUAAAUCAGGGGUCUGCAACCUGCGGCUCCGGAGCCGCAUGUGGCUCUUUUACACCUUUGCUGCGGCUCCGGAGCGGAUACGAGGGGAGGAGGCGUC